AUGGCUCCAGAAGUGGGCAAUGGGGGCCAAGGAAAGGAGGUCGACGUAGGCAUCUGGGGCCUCUGCCAGCUCCUCCCAGAAGGACUGGACUGGGGGAGCAAGCUGGAGAGGAAGCUGUUCCCCUCGGGCUCCAAAAGCCUCCGGGCCAGAGGCCAGGACUCAGCGGCGGCCCACAGCGGCGGCGGCUGCUGCUGCGUGGAGCUGAGGCUGCGGCCCCGCGUCCAGCCGCGGGCGCAGCGGAGCCGCGUGGUCAAGUGCAGCGCCAACCCCAUCUUCAAUGAGGACUUCUUCUUCGACGGGCUCGGCAUGGCAGACCUGGCCGCCCGCAGUCUGAGGGCCAAGGUGCUGGACAGGGGCAUAGGGCUCCGCAGGGACGUGCUGCUGGGGAAGUGUGAGACGCCUCUUAUUGCCCUGCUGCCCCCCUUGGGUGGGGGACUAGGCCCAGGGGCGUCCCUGGCGCCCGCCCAUCUCAGCCUGUAGACAAGACUGACGCUUCCUCAAGAGGUCUCCGCUGGGCCUGCCGUCCUCAUUCUUCCCAUCUGCCCAUCAUGUAUUUAUUUUUGCUAAUAAAAUGUCCGUUUGUCUCUA